AUGGAAUCUUUAAGAUCACUUGUCUUUAUCAAAGGAAAUAAGUUGUCAGAUAUAUGGCAAAGGGUGAAUCUCUCGAAUGGUGAUGAUACUAAUAAUGAAUCCAUUACAGAUCCCCCACCCGAAGACGAAAUAUUGCUGUUACAAAAGAAUUCUGAUAUUAAUAAGGAAGCUUAUUUAUUCCAUUUAUUGAAUCAAUUUAUUAUCUCGUUUAAUAACAGAAAUAAAUCUGACAUCUCAGACUUGAUUACUCACGACAGUAAGUUGCAACAUUUAUUAAGAUAUGGAUUACUGAAAUAUUUAAGAGAAUGGGAUGAUGUGUCAUCUUCCACUAUUUAUAAUAACAUUACUACUACUUUAAGACAAGUUCUAUAUCACUGGUGGAUGGAAAUUUUAAAUAAUUUAAAGUAUGAACAUAGGAAUAACCAUUCUUUAAAGUUGGAUAUAUCACUUCUAACAACACUUAUGGAAUGUUUAAACAGAAUAAUGAAUCUACUGAUCUAUGUCCCAUUGAGUGUUGCGCCAAACACAGAAGGUCAUAAAAAAAACUUUAAUAAUAAUGAUAUGGGUGAUGAAUUGACUAAUUAUUGUAAACAUUUAUUGUUAACAUGUCAUUAUAUUACAUAUCAAUUAGACCAAAACUCCAAAUCAAACUUCACAUAUCCCUAUUUGAAACAGUUUAAUGAUCUACUAUAUGAUCAGUUGGGUCUUAUAAAUGCCUUAGCAUUUAUUUAUUUCCCUGAUAAUUUUAAUUAUAAUUUAUUGGUUAUAAAUCUUUUAACAGAUGGUAAAUUUAAAAUCAUAUCCAAUCACAACGAUCCUUUAUUACCAUGGAGAAAGAAAAGUUUCAAAAGAAUAAGAAACUUCCCACAAAGGAAGCGUCCUAUCUCGGCCGCCAUUACUGACAAUAAGACUAAUAUUAAUAAUAUUAGUUGUUUUAGGAUCAUUAUAUCAUACUUACAGGAAGAGAAAACUUUCCAAUCCUUUACAUAUCACUAUUGGCGUUUGAUAUUUUUAAUAUAUAAACAUAAUAGGGGUUAUAUUGAUAAAAAUUCAUAUGGUGUUAGUAACACUAAUGGGUCAUUUCUAGAGAUGGUUAAUAGUAGUGAAAUAAUUAUUUACUAUACUGUUCAUAGAUUUUUUGUUCAAGAUAUCGACAGAUUCAAGAAGAUAACAAAACAAAUGAACAACAACAAAAAUAACAACAAUAAUAACAUUCAGUUCAAUAAAUUUAUUAAUUAUCUUAAUUCAAAUAAAUCAAUCAAUGCAUUCCUUGAAAAGAAGUUCCAAAUGUUAAUAUUGUGGAAACAUCCACUAAAUAAAUUAUUUCUCCAAUUCCAAGAUAUUGAAUUAGUAUAUUCUCUCUUAUUAUAUUAUGAUCAAAAACAACUGGAAGGUUUGAAAAGAAUAUCUUUAUAUGAAACUCAAUUGACCAAUUUAAUAUUCAAUAAAUUUCUAAGCGUAUUAAUCCUAGACAUAUACAGGUGUAAUGAGCUUAUAAAUUGGCAUUCGUGGAAUCAAAUAAUAAUUAAUUGUAUCAAUACCAGAUCAUUUGAAAAUCAGAUCAAUAUUUUAAAAUUUAUAUUCAAUAUUUGGGAAUAUCUGCCUAAGGAGAAUCAAACCAUGAUUCUUAAACAUAUUAUUGCAAUGAACAAUGAAAUGUUGCUGAACUUCCAACAUUCACAUGUCAAUAUCAUCAUCAUUAAGUUAAUAAUAUUUAAAAUGUUACCAUUUGGAACAAAUAAAAAUUCAUUAAUAUCAUAUCUCUUAAGUUUGGAAAAGAAUUAUAAUCACUUGGCAAAAAAUCAAAAAAAAGCGGUGAAUUGGAACCAUCAUAAUUAUAGACAUCCUGAUUCAUUAUUAUUAUUUGAUAAUAACAGGAAGUAUGUAUUAACUCAUAAAAAAGUACCAAUUAAUGAGGACUUUAAAAAUUCAUACAUAGUAAUUGAUAAAGAAUUCAAUGAUUCUACAAGAAGCAAAGAACAAUCAGAAGAUUUAGAUGAUGAGGAGGUACCACAAUACACUGCUAGAAAUGAAAGUAGUAAACAAAAAUUAAUAGCAAUAUUCAAAAAUAUUAUUAUGCCGUAUAAUAAUCAACAAUAUGAUACUAAUCAUUAUAAUAAUAUAUGGGGAAAUGUAAAUUCAAAAGUUAAUGAUCAAUUAGAUAAUAACUCUAAUCAAAUGAAUGUGGAAUCAAAUAAAAUAUUAACAUUUGAUUUAUCUGUGUAUAAAAUCAACAACGAUAUUGUAAUACCAAAAGACAGAUUACCAAUAUUGUCAAACACAAAACUUUAUAAUAAUAAUAGUGAUAGAAAUAACGAAAUUUUAUUAACCAAUUUGCAUAACUUUAUAAAAACAUUCAAUUUAACUAUGAUAGAGUAUUAUGAUUUUACUAGUUUAUACAAUGAAAAUGAUAUAAGAAUUGAAAUAUAG